ACUUCAGAAUGUACCGGAUGAUGCCAUUGACCCAACACACUUCAACGUAGAAGUCGGUCAUGGGUACACAACACAGAAGGACACUACCAGCUGUGGGGUUUACGUGUGCAUACGAAGGAUGUGCGGAAAAGGCGACAGCGAGAAGAACAGCUUUGCCGGUUCCCGUAGUGGACAUGACUGAGUUCGGUGAUCAGCAGGUGACUAUACUUGCUGAUGAUCUGGAGGAGCUGAAGACUGUGGAGCGAUCUCAAUUCCGGAACGUGGUGGAAAAAGUAAUUGAAGAAGAUGUUCCACGGUUGUACAAUUAUCCGACAGAAACAACAUCAGAAGUACCGAAUGAGUAUGAGCGGCAUCUGCUCUUCUUUAAAGGAAAGAAACUUGAGAGGAGCAGAGCAAUGUCCCACCUCAACGCCGAUGGGUAUGCCAUACUUAUGCAGGCGAUGGAAUCGAAAUUAGUGAUCAGGACAAGAGGUCCAAGGUAA